AACGCAAGCUGGUUACGUCGGUGUCGAAGUGUCACAUGAACCCUCCGCCUAUCUUCAAAUCUCAAAGUUGCACAUGUGCGAGACAAGUUCCACACGGUUGGGAUCAAACGAUCUCGGAUCACGGUCGCUAAUCACGCGUUCGCGUAGCACUUGAAGCAGCGAUUAAGCUCGAAACUCGUCCGGAUAACGCAUUUUUUAUUUUUGCGAAAAAAAGUCCCAUUUCCCCAGUGAAACUUGAACAAAAAUAAAUCAAAAAUUCGGUGCCGUUGAAGUGGAAGAAAAAUAAAAUAGUAUUGGAUGCGCCAACUAGACAAGUGCAUCAGCAUCAUCGGAGCGCAGGUUGUGCGCGGUGUGAUGCAGUUGUGCAAAGGAAAGCGAAGAGCAAAUAAGUGAAAAUUACAGUGCAAAGCAAAUAUACGAUAAAAUUAAAACAUUACUGACAGGUUCGACAAACGUGCGACGGGGAGCAUUCGAAAACGCGCAAGAAUUUGGCCCUUGAUGCACACAGGUCUUGCCACUGAUAGUGCACUGAAAAGAAUUCAGAAAAAAAAAUACAUAUAUGUGUAACAACCGAGCUGAACGCCAAAUCACCUGAUCAUUAUCGGGAACGUGUUCUCCGGCAGAUGCCGGGUGGGAAGUGAAUUUCGACACAGUUACAGUGAGGAAAAAAGGAAGGAAAAAGUGCGUGAGUCGUUUGGAGAAGUUUGGGGCGAAAAAAUUGCGGUGAAACAUUGGUGGGGCAAGAAGAGUGUCUUCAAGCUUGGGCUCAAGUGGUCAUUGGAAGGUUGUUUUGUGGAUUUGUGUAUGUGUCUUUUUGUUUCUCGUGGUUCGCUGGGGGAGGAAAAGAAAAUUAGCAUAUCUUAUUCUCAUGGUACACACAACCUAAUUCUAAAUAGUGAGUGUUGACGGCCAACAAGUUACUCCCAUGCGCUAAAAUUCAGAAACAACGGCAUCUUUCGAGAAAUCUAUUCGGACUGUGCAGUGGAACGCACAAUUUGAAAGUAUAAUAUAUUUGUGCGCGCGAAUCACCGUACACUUUGGUGCAAAAAAAAUUGCAAUAGGUGGUGGCAAUAAAACAUCUCAUCGUCGCAAAGGGUAGACCGUAGUAUGUCCCUCGAGUGCUGCUGCAUUCCAGUGCCUACGAUCGGACGACAGCAGCAGCAGCAGCAGUAGCAGUAGUUGUAACAUUAGUAUUUAAUACAGCCACGGAAACAGCGAUCAAUUAAAAUUAAUAACCGUAGCCAAGAAGAGUAUCCCCACUGGGCCGUUUUCUUCAACCAGAGAAUUAUGAACUAUGUUUAAGCUAGUGCGAACCAUGCAACCGCCCGACGACAACUCAUACCAUCCGGCCAAAUUGUGCGUCAGUAUCAAGCGAACACUCCAUCCGCCACAUCCGCUGCCGCAUGACAAACACUCCCACCGGUAUCCUCAUCACUAUCAGUAUCCGAUCGGACGACAUCUGCGCCAUAGUAGUCAGAGCAGCAGCAGCAGCAGCAGCAGCAGUUUUAGUUCCACCACUAGCAGUAAUUUAACAAAAUUCCUGAUUUUAUUGUUCCUAUCUAUCUGUGAUAAUCGGGCGUGCAGAACGCUUACCUUAGCAGAGGCAGCUUCCGCUACUGUCGUCAGUAGCACUAGCAGUACCACCGUUCCCAUUUUAGCCACCAGUAGUAGCAGUAGCCGUAGUUCCACCACUAGUAUUUACCACAACACUAUAGUGCAUCAUCAGCACGAGGAGCAGCAGGAGCAAGAGAACCUUUUAGACGAUAGUGAUAGUGAUGGGUACGUCCCGGCGCCACCAGCUGUGGCGGUUAACCGUACCAAACUGCAGGAGAUUGUCAUGGAGGGGCUCGGAAUCAGUGAGAUUCCCAAUAUGAAAACGAUGAACGUCAGUCAGCAAGAAUAUGAAACCAAAUAUCGAGAGUACCUGGAACGAGUCAACAGACGUAACAGCCUCCAGCGGUUGCAGCGUCAACUUGACCACGAUGAGACUGAUGACUACGUGGGUGCGGAUAGCCUGCUAGAGAGCCGGCAUCUGUUCAGCUUCCCGGAUUCAGGUCACCAAUUAAAUCACCAGAAUCUUCGGCGCAAGCGCUCCCUCAACAACAACUAUGAUCUGGUGUAUAUCCGGUUCGAUAUACCAACCAGAAAUGCAUCCACCGGUGAACUAUCCGGUAUCAACUCUCCCUCCAUGCUCCCGGCAGCAGCUGCUGCUGCAACGCAUCAUCACAGCAGCCAGAAUCACCAUCAGCGGCACCAGCAAACGCUCACGGAGCUUCCACCAAUCUCGCCCGAGAACAUCGAGGAAUCAUCACUAAACAUAAUGUUAACCAGAAGGCAAAACGACGAGCGCAGCACAAAUAUCAAUAGUAAACAUCAGCAGCAUUUGACACCGGCGGCCGGCGAGGAUCAGCAACAGAUGCACUCUCAUCACGGAAGGCGCGCAGGGCGAAUUAAAUUCAAACAUAAUAUUCACAAUAGUGGAAGCGGUGUCACUGGUGGCCACAACGGCUUCUCUGCGGACAACGGGAGUCACAAAACUGGGAAAACUAUCAAUUUACACAUCUAUCAACUGGUUGAACCCUACGAGCGACACUGGCUGACAUCGAAAACUAUCGCCGUCUCUGAAAUUGCACUCAACGAUAAGAAGUGGUUCCAAUUGGCACUGGACGAAGCUGUGCGCACGUGGCUCGAUGGUUCAAGGAAGAAUCUCGGAUUGGAAAUAUACUGCGAAAAUUGCUACAGCCACGAUAUCUUUGUCAUUUAUGACUCGUCCCCUUUCUUUACGAGUUAUGAAGAAACGCCCGUCCUCAAUGUGGUGGGAAAGCUGAUCCAGCGAGAAAAACGUUCCAAAGUACAACGCUACCGGCCCACCAUGGGUGACUAUCUCUCCCCACCGAAGUCAACCUCUUGCACGACCAGCAACAAACGUUGCUGUCGCCAUCCGCUGCUGGUGGACUUCCGUGACAUUGACGGAUUCGAUUUCAUCAUUCAGCCAAAAAUUUUCGACGCCGGUUUCUGCCGAGGUCGAUGCCCACUGAAAUUCAACCCCGCUAGUCAUCACGCCAUGCUGCAGAGCCUCCUGCACGAGCACGCCAAGUAUGAGGUCCCGAAGCCGUGCUGCGCUCCGUCCCGCCUGGACCACAUCGACGUUCUGUAUGCCGAUCCGAAGAAUACUCAACGAUUGAAGGUGGCCACCUGGAGUAACUGGCGGGUUACGGAGUGUGCCUGCUCGUGAUUCACACGCACCGGAUACAACGAACGCAGAUGAAAUGCUUGCAUUUAUGAACCCUGAACCCCCGAAAAUCCUAGAGAUGAAAACGAAAGUAUUAUUUGCGACAAACAAAACGUGUAGUUUUUUAAGUAACAGGAAACCAAAAUUUACGCCGAAGGAAGCAAGUGCUACUACAUUUUUUUUUUUGCUUUUCGGGUUGAACGACGCUACGAGAAAAUCUCAGUAUAGAACACAGGUCCAUACAAGUUAGUUCGAAUGUCAAUUGUUCCCAGACUUUGUAGCAAGUAGCAAUAUGAUUUUAUUUAUACAUUAUUUAUUUGUAGAAAGUACUGAUACCUUUUUAAGAUUAAUUUUAGCACUAGGCGUAAGCUUUUCUCUCUGCAGAGAAAUCAUAACGAAACUAGGAAAAUUUUACUGCACAAAAACAUGGAUAACUCAAUGUUGGCCAAAGGAACGAAUCACUGAAUAGCAGAAAGGCGUGAGUCGAUUCUAUAGAUUAUAUUUAUUACUUUUUCCGUCUCUUGUACUUUCUCUUGAUUACUGAGCGAUCUUCGUAGGGUAUUUGUGUUAACGCUAAUAUAUAUAUAUUUUGUAACAAUUUUUUUUGCAAUACAAACAAGCCAGAACAGACCUACUUAUUUUGUGAAGCCUUCCCAAGAAACGAAACCAUAUGAAAGAAUAAAAAGAACGAUGUUUAUGAAGCGAGAAAUGUCCAGUAGCAAAAA